CACACACUAAGACAAACAAUAAUAAUAAUAAUAAUAAUAAUAAUAAUAAUUUAAGCAAAGGAAAAUGGGUCUUUCUUUAUUCAAAGCGUUUCGGUCGUGGCUGGCAGACCCGCCACACACAGAUCUCGGGUCAGAUUUGCGGGCAAUGCGGGUGUCCCCUUGCGCCCGCCUGGCGACGAUCCUGGACUCGCCCCGGGUCUCCUUCGAAGAGCGUGUGCGCCACGGCUGGAACCCCUCCGCCUGCUCCGCCAACUUCUCCGUCUCCGCCGACCGGCUCACGGCGAAGCGCAGCCCGGUGCCGUGGAGCACGGACUCGAUCCGGGGGAAAGAAGGGUUCGCCACCGGGCUCCACGUCUGGGAAAUAAACUGGCCGGCAGGGCAGCGCGGAUCCCACGCCGUGGUCGGGGUCUCCACCGCCGGAGGUGCUUUGCAGGCUCCCGGUUUUACCGCUCUGGUCGGCGGCGACGGUGGAUCGUGGGGCUGGGAGAUCGGCAGGAAUGAACUCCACCACGGAGGGGCUAAAGUCGGUACAUACCCGUUGGCGGGGCCGGCCCGGUCGCCGCUUGCCGUGCCCGACGCCGUGCUUGUGGUGCUGGACGCGGAUGCAGGGACCCUGGGCUUCGCGGUGGACAGACACUACCUUGGCACGGCGUUUGCAGGACUCGGGAGGGGGGCAUUUUACCCCAGCGUGAGCGCCGUGUGGGGGGGCUGUGAGAUUGGCAUCUGUUACCUCAACGGGAUGCAGCGCCAGCCCCAGCCGCUUAUGGACCUCUCCAGACGAGUCGUGCGCCGCUCCGUGGGGACCGAGGUGGAGACAGCGGCUGAAAGCUUACCGCUCCCUUCUGCAAUCAAGAGAUUUCUGCUUUACCGAUAGCAAUGGCUUUGUGUUGUAUCGUAAACCACCACCAGAGGGCGCCAACUUCCUCCAAAACCACUGGAUUUAUUUAUGGAUUUAUUCGAAUGUAUGUGCGUGCAGAUUGUGUACGUUGUGCGUAUUAAAAUCAGUUGCAAUU